AUGUCGCAGACGUGGAUUUCCAAGGGUGAGUAUGAUGAAUCUGGUCCUGCUAUUGUUCACCGGAAGUUGGGACUGACCCAUAAUCUGUUCAAUAUACAAAAUAUAAAUGAAGACACGAUAAUUUGCGUUAAUAUAAAGAGAAAGAGAGAAAUUAAGGUUCUCUCCUUCUUUUUGGAAUUAAUUUUAGAGAUUGAUCAAACCGACAUGGGUGCUUGCGCUAGUGUGCCAAAGGAAAUGAGGGGUAAAGCCUCGGCUGCGCCACCUCCUGAACCCGCCAAGGAGGAAUCUGUUCAGGCUGAGCAGCACACCACUGAGGAAGUGAUCAAGGUUGAGAAAGAGGAAAACAAGGCUGAUGAGGUUGAUGAAACCAAACAACAAUCUCUUGGUUCUUUGCUUGUUGAACCUGAAAAGACUGAGGGAAAGAAGGAACCAAAUGAGACCCAGCAGCCCCAAGUAGAAGCGCCAGCAGAGCCAAAGAAAGAAGAAUCAAAAGAAGAGCCAGAAGCAAGGAAUGAAGAAGUCAAGGUAGAGCCAAAGAAAGAAGAACCAAAAACUGAGGCACCGGCUGUCCCAAAGGUGAUCGAGGAACAGAAGGAAAAGAAGACAGAAGCAAAGGAAACUCAAAAGAGACAAAGACUUGGCGUUUUUUAG